AUGUCUAAUUUUAUUGAAAUUGACGAUGAUAUUGACAUGUUCUUCGACGAUGCCUCCUUGCUUCAGGGUGGUCUUACGGAUUUUGAUAGUGUUUUAAAUAACCAAGGACCCGACUCCGACGCUGACUGCGAGGCUGACUGCGAGGGCGAUUCCGACCACGACUUCGAUGACGAUGAUGCUCUACCAAGCCAGCCCACCAGCGAAGGAGUUGCUACUGCUACGGUUCUUCAAAACGACGCUCAAAAUACAGAAGGAAACGCCGGCGCAAGCACUCCUGUGCCCAGUGAGGGCGAUGAGCCGGUGGAGGUGGUAGACGAGGAAGAACUUCAAACGUGGCAGACUAGCACUCUUAAAACCAAAAAGGACCAGAUCAAACACAAAGAAGAAAAGUCCAAGGAGCUCUCGAAAAAGGCUGAUGCUCAUCAAAAAGAGGCCGACAAAAAACAAGCCGAUCAUGAUAGAGAGUUCGCCCGCAAGGAAAUGGGCCAACAUAAACUCAACCAGAUCCUCAAGUUGAAAAACAAUGCGCAAAAGCAGGCAACAAAUAGGAAGAAAGAGCUGGACAAGGUCAAUAAGGAGCUUCAAAACCUCCGAAACCAAAUAGCAGCAAUCAAUGCGAACCCACUCGAGUUGUACCUGAAGGACAGGAAGCCUAUCCGGAAACGAAAAUCGCCAAAGGAAAAAAAUAAUCAUAUCCCACCUAGGCCUAAGGAUUACGACCCCGACAGUAUAGAAGGAGAUGACAGCUUGUCGGAAAACGAGGAAUUUGUAAAACUCAUGCAACAGCAGGGGAAGACUAAUGCCAGGAUUGCUUGUAGGCGGUGCAAGCUUGGCAAGGCUAAAUGCGAGACUGCACCUGGUCAGAGUAGAUGUACCCCGUGCAUAGAACAGAACGGGAGAUGUCGAUUCAACGAUCCCGUUUUCUCACGCCAACUCCCCAAAGAUUACCUCGAUAAGUUGCAUGAAUCGUAUAAAGAUCUGAAAGCACUGUUCGACGAACAUCAAAAAACAUCUGUUCAUUCGGUUUGGUUAGAUAACCCACUUUCUGGGAUCACUGGCUACGGACCAAGCUCGCCUCGAAUAGCCGAGCAGAAUUUCUGGCUAAUGUCACGGGGCAUGAACCCCAUCUAUGGGACUCCAGGUGAAAAAAGGAAGAAAUUUUUGCAACUAGCGGAGACCGGAGCGGAGAAGAAAAAGCAAGAGGAGAAUAGUAAAGAACCUCAAUCAAAGAAACGAAAAGCAAAUUCUGAAGGUGAUAUAUCAAUCUCAGAUGACACACCUUCAACGAAACGUCAUAAAUCUAUCUCCAGCGAUAAUAGGCAACAAGGAACUUCGAGCAUCUCGCAGAUCCAAGGGUCCCCAGAUCGCUCAAAUGAACAAACUGUCAAUCUCCUACAGGUUGAAAGCCCUGGCGGUCAAGUAGGAUUCAACGGUACUAUUGCCGCCCAACACUUCCCACUACCUCAAUCCCAUGGAGUCAUAGUAAAUAGCAACCAACUAAGCCACGCACACAUGUUGGCGCGAGCAAACAUGGCCUUGCCAGUCCACAUCAAUCAUGUACCAAUCUGGCCCCCUUACCCUUCACAAUGA